UAAGAUACAUAAUACGCGCUUCCCUUUUCUCUUUCUUAGGUGAAACUUAACACCAUCACUGAAGUUUCUGGAAGAAAUGAGAUUGAGAAGAAGGGAGUGGGAGGGUGAAGUUUGAGAGGGUAUACCAUAUUUUAAUAACAAUUUUUUAGUCAAAACUAAAACAUUCCUUAUUAGAUUUCCUAUUCAUUUAUCUCUGGUGAAUCAGAGUUGUGCCCUUUGGUGCCGUAAAUAAUAAUAAUAAAAGACAGAGAAAGGGGUACGUACUUAGUGGAUGUCUUCGUUCUCAACGAACACCGCCGGCGGUGGCUAUUGUGAGGACAGCAAGGAGGAAAGCUUCUACGAUAGUGGACCCCACAGCGCGGCAGUCGAGCUGGGGAUGCACAUCGAGGACUGCAUCGGCAUGCUUCCGGGGUUUCUCACCCUUGUGGACGAGAGCCUGCGUGGGAUCCAGUGCUACACCGCUUUUUCACGGGCCACGAGUACUGGAAGUGAUGAGGGGGCGAGGAAGGAUCUUUUGAGUCCACCGAUAGAAUCUUUUCCCUCUGUCCAAGGCUUUGGCGAGGUGCCCAUGGUAGGCCUGGGGAGCAGUAAAGUGUAUGAAAGACUUCGAGCCCUGAAGGACCCCACCGUGAUGACAACGCUGUUCAUCCGUCCGGCGCGCCACCGUGGGGAGGAUUCCAACUUCCCUGCAUCUUUGCGUUCGUUUCGGGUAUAUUUUAACUUUAUGGAAGGUUUUAGCCUUCACCCUAGCGACGAGGUGGGCGAGAGCGACUUAUCGCAGGAGGAAACUCAUCCAACUUGUUAUGAGUCCCUGCUGUCGCUGUUGCUCGUGAACUUCUGGGAUGAGCAGCGAAAGACAUAAAGACAAAUCUUAUUAGAAACGGUAUAUUAAAUCGGAGCCAUAAGAUGAGAGGGCAAAUAAGAAUUCCUUUGCCCUCUCGAUGUAUGACAGAAUCAAGAGUUAAAAUUCAAAAAAAAAGGGCAUUCACUAGGGAAGACAAGAGUGAAGCAAAUAAAUACCGCCACUGAUAUCAAAUGUCGAAAGAUGCCUUGAGCUUUGUAAAUUAGACCGAAAUGAGAUUUUUGUUAUGCUUGCAGUGAU